GCCGCUGUCCCCUAGCACGCGAGAGGAUGCUCCCGCCUUGCUCUGGCCUCGCCGAGUGAGAGCAGGACUUCUCGGACGUGCCAGGUUAAAGCUGGCACUGCCGGCCACCCCCAUCCUCCCGCUCUACUACCGCCGUCCCCCCAUUGACUUGUGCGGCAUCCCAAAAGCCUCGCACUGCGCGUUGCGCUUCGAAAACGCGCUUGUUUGCUUUGUAGUCCAUCUGGAGGGGAGGAAACGCUGUAUAUAGGGCGAUUCGAGUGUGUGGGGCGAUGUGGCGAGUGUUCGAGUAUUGGGUCGCCUCCGACGCUCUCCCUCGCGAUUUUGCGAUUCUGCGGAGUCUCAGCCACCUCCACUCAGUCCCACAAGUACGGUGCUUGCGCCCUCACCAGAUCUCAGGCUCCCGCCGUCUCCCUUUUGUUUCCGCUACACUGCGGUGUUGCAGCGGCGCGGCGCUGGCAUUAUGCCACUCUGGAGACCGCGUAUGCGCGAUAUCGACCCCCCAGCCGGCCUGCUCACGGCCCGAGGGAAGACUCUGCUCCCCAGGCCCCCAACUCGUUCCGCGCCGCCCGUUCUCUCGCCACCUUUUCUCCUGCCGCCGUUUCUCCUGCCACCACGCUCUUGCUUGCCGGCGCCAUCUUCGUGGACCCUUGAUCUCACCUCGUGGCACACGGGCCCUCCACGAACAAUCCCCACCAACACGCAUGGCGCGGAAGAGGACGGCAAGGGGCGCGGAUGUUCCAGGGCGUUGAGGCGCUAUAAACGGGUGAGCACGCACUCCGCAGCGCCUUCUAUGCGCUCCGAACCGCCUCUACCGCCUCUUCCCGCAUGCACACACCCGGCCGGAACGCCUGGACGUCUCCGUCCACAUGUAUUCACUCCACUUUGCGACCUACCUCGCUUCUCCUUUCCCCGGCACUCGCCAAUGUCUCCAAUCGCGUCAGAGCGCGUACAACAACAGCGACACCAUCUGGCGCGUGGCAGGGCGUCGUUUCGACGUCCCCGCUUCCACAGACUUCGCACGAGGCCCUUGGACGCAAACCUGGACGCUCAACAGCGACUGCGCGACUGCUCGAGCUUGACGACGCCAGGAGGGCACAGAAGAGGGCAUUCGGGAGGUGUCGCAGCGGGAGGGCGCCGGGCACACUCGGGACAGCUGGGGUGCAAUAAGGUGUCGACAGCGUCUACUCGCAGCGCGAAGUCCUGCGAGUGCAGGGGCGCAUGAAAGCGCUUGGGAGGCCGUCCCGUAGCAGGAACACCGGCUGGAGGUACAUCGGAGGGCCGAGGCGACCAUGGGCGUGCACGCAUACAGCGCGAUAAGACACCCGAGUACCUACAUGUGAAGUCCUGGGGCGACACAGCGUCUGCGACACUCUGGAGUUCCGGAUCUUUCUCACACAGCCAUCUCCGUGCCCCUUGGCUCUCCCCUUUGUGGUUCCACGACGUUGCGGACGCGUUUUCCUGUUCCGCCUCAGGGAAUGACUUUGCAAUAUCUGCGUACACUAUCUCAGUGUCCCACGACCUCUACAACUCGCUCCAGUCCUCACAGCCACUCCGAGGCCCUCGGAUCUGUCUCGCGAUUGCGCACGAUUGAGAAGACCCUGCCGCGUAGCGACGGUAUGUACGGCUUGCUAUGAGUCUAGGCAGCACGUUUGCGCGAUUCCGGCCACUCGGGGUGUCUGCGAGGCACUUGGGGCUGGACUUGGCUGCAACAGCAUCUUCUGGCGCUCCUGGAGACUCCCGCUCUCGAUUCCGCCACUUCGCGACAUCGCAGCCGGGUUUUCUCGACGCGUCGAGGCGGGUACAACACUGAGCUACCCUCUCGCGAAAUCCGGGGGCGAAACGACCGCUGCAACGGCGUCUAGGGCUGCACUUGGUGCCCUCAGCCAAUCCCAAGGCCCCUCUCCGGCUUGAUUCCGCGUCGAUGCGAAGAUGCGGACGUGUUCAACCACUUCCAGGUGUACGGCACGACUCGGGGCCACGCGUAUACGCAAUUACGGCGCCCUACAACCACGGCGGGGCCCUGGAGGGCUGGAUUCUGCUCCCACAGCCAGUGCUGGGGCCCCGGAAUCUGCUGUUCGCAAUUCGGGUGUUCUCGGCCGCGCAGCCACGCGCCGCAGGCUCUAACGACAUCCUAUGACCCCUGGAGAGCUCUCUGCGCGAUCUCGACGCCCUACGCCUCCUGCGACGCCCUCGGCAGAGGGUUUGGCGCCCACAGCCUCCCGCUGGCCUCCCUCUCGAUUCCGCCACACUGCGGCGCUGCAGCGGUGCGACGCGCACUGUGCUGGCAUCACGCCACUCCUGGAGACCACGUACGCGCGAUAUCAACCCCCCAGCCGGCCUGCUCGCGGCGCGAGGCAAUACUCCGCUCCCCAAGCUCCCGACACCCUCGUUCUCGAUUCCGCGACUUCGCAGCAGUGCGGCCAAGUUCAGAUGGCUCCCACGACGUUCAGCAAGCUCUGUGCACGAUUCCAGCGUCCCACGGCGCGUCCUCAGCGCUCUGCACUGGUCUGGGGCUGCCAGCCAGCUCCGGGGCUCCCGACGCCCUCGCUCUCGACACUGCUAUCUGGACGCGACGCAUUCACGCUCAGCUGACUCCGAGCCCUCUCUGUACGCGAUCCCAGCGCGCCACGACGUCCUGAAAGUGCACGAGCCUCGGACCUUGCGCCCCCGGACGCCCCCCUUCGCGAUUCUGCGACUUUGCGGCUGCGCAGCCUCGUCGGGACGGACUCUACGGCACGGAACAACGCUGGGGUACGUGGGCGCGCGCUUUCAGCGUGCCAGGAUGCCUACGAGGGGCCCGGCCAGGCAGACUCUGCGCCCACGGGGAGUCUCUCGGGCUCUGUGCGAUUUGCACACGAUUUCACGACGACGCGCGCGGCGCAGGAAUGCGCAUGGUGCGCUGGACACGAUACCACACGAAAGGCGUCGAAUUGCGCGAUUCGGACAUGUUUUGAGUGGUCGGGAGGUGUUCUCGUAGAGGGGCUCCCCUGGCACUUGUUUCCCCUCUGGAGCUUGUAAUUUUGCGCGUCCCAACUUGAGACUUUACCCCUGUACAGUACGAGUACACUACGAUGGAAUAUGAUGCGAUUUGGAC